GUUUAAUAAUAACAAAACCGAAAAGUUAUUCGGAAAGUAUUUAUCAAAGUUGUUACAAAGUACGAUUUUUUUUGUAAUGAACACUUUUCUCUCAUACACAUUUACAUUAUUAAUAUUGUAUGCUGGGGGUUUACAUUUUUAUUCUAACAGUUUUAAAUUAACUUGAAUAAGUUAGGCUUUGUUAAUUGUAUUUAAGCUAAAUCAAACAAACUACUCAUGCGACGGUAUAAUCUGCUGUGAUUUUUUUUCAGUAAAUGCAUACAAUUAUUUUCUUCUAUGUGAGCAGGUGGGGGUGGGGGGGGGACUCAAAAAUCGUACUUAAGAGUUUUCCAGACAAUAGUGGACCACACAAAAACAUGCACAAAUUACUAAAGUUUUUUUUUCUUUUUUUUUUUGUACUGUUAUAACCAUUAAUCAAUCUCCCCUUCAGUUCAACCUAGAGACACAUAGUUGAUGUUACCAUCAUACAAUAACUCGCAAUUAUUGGCAAAGCUCAAUAUAAUUUUCACAGGUGGUGGAACAUUAUUGUCCACAUCUGCUGAACGUAACUUUCAGUUACUUUUAAUGUAAUUCCGUUACUUUCCAAAUCAAGUAAUCAUUAAUCUAAUUAAGUUACUUUUUCAAGAAGUUAACAGUAAAGUUAAAUUUUUCAAAGUAACUAUGCCAUCACUGCCUCGUGGAUUUUAAACAUAACUAAAGGGUCUAAAUCCACUAUUUAAAGUUGUUUUCGGGCAUAAAAAAAAGGUUAUUAAAAAAAAGCAAUCAUUUAAAAUCGUAUUGCUUCAUCAAACAAAUGACAGCAAGCAAAGCAGAACAGGUGUAAUUCUGAAGUAUUCCUGAGAAAGAGCCGGGACAGUCUGCUCCUCUCUCCUCCUGCUCCAUUGAUGCAAUUCCCCUCACAGACGGCAGGGGGAGGCGGUGAACCAGGCUAGCUGCACCCAUUCCUCUUUAAACGGUCCCACGGCAGGCUGGCAGGUUCAGAGUGUGCUCGGCACCGGCCUCCGGGACGCGUCUCACUCUCCGUCCGGGAUGGAGAAAGACGCCUCAGCGCCGGACCCAUCCCGGCAGUGCAACGGGUUCUCGGGCGUGCUGUACGGAGAGUUCACCGACACUCUCAACGACGGGGUGCGCUACUCGGUGAGCCUGACGGAGAGCGCCCUGACCAUCCAGAGGAUCUCCUCGUCUCCCGACCGGACGAAGGUGGUGUUUAACUUGAGCGACUGCAUCGGCUGUCGGGCGUAUAAAGGGCCGGACAGCGCGGACAUCGGCGCUUACUUUACGGCUUAUUUCUACCCAUUCAAGAGGCGCUGGAUGAGCACCGGAGUGGCCCGGCAGAGGGUGGAGCAGUGCUUUCGGGUCGCUCUGGUCCAGGACCCGCUCGUCAACCUCCGGGAGGCUGAAAGAUGGGCUCAUGCCAUCAGAGAUGCUUCGGUGCUGCAGGCUCCUCGGAGAGACGGUGUGACGUACACGGAGCUGAGGAGACCUUGCAGAACCAUGAUUCUGGUGAACCCCCACAGCGGACGGGGACAGGCUCUCCAGCUGUUCACCGGCCACAUACAGGCCAUGCUCACCGAGGCCUCCGUUCCCUACACGCUCGUCAUCACAGAGCACCAGAACCACGCGCGGGAGCUGGUGAGGAACGCCGACCUGACGCAGUGGGACGCGCUGGUCAUCAUGUCUGGUGACGGGCUGCUGUUUGAGGUGAUAAAUGGUCUGAUGGAGCGUGAAGACUGGCAACAGGCCAUCCAGACUCCUCUAGGUAUGCUGCCAGGUGGCUCUGGCAAUGCCCUGGCCGCAUCCAUCCACCACUACUCGCAAUCGCCUCCUGCCUGGAACGAGGAGCUGCUCCUGAGCUGUGGCUUCAUGCUGUGCAAAGGUCUGGUUGGUCCUCUUGACUUGGUGUCGGUCCAUUUGGCCUCCAGUCAGCGCCUCUUCUCCUUCCUCUCCUUGGCUUGGGGCUUUGUGGCAGAUGUGGAUAUCGAGAGCGAGAAGUACCGUCACGUUGGAGCUAUACGGUUCCUAAUGGGCACCCUGGUGCGUCUGGCCUCGCUCAGAGUAUAUCAGGGCAGGUUAGCGUACCUGCCAGCUAAAGAGGUACCAAAGCCUCCAAACGAAAGGGUGAAGGCGACCCGUCCUCCGUUCACAUCUCAGCAGCCAUCUCUCUGUUCGUCCCUUCCUUGUCAUCUCGUUCCCAGAACUUCGCCAAAGCAGAGCUCUGUCAAAAACUGCGUCGAUACGAACCUGAACCAAAACUCCAUCACCAACUCCUCCAGCGUCAUCACCAACAUGAGGCCCGAGACGCAUGGCAACAAUAAGACUGCAUCACCUACGGAUUCUCUCCUCCCCAGCCUGGACCAGCCGGUCCCUGAAAACUGGACGGUGGUCAAUGAGGAAGACUUUGUUCUGGUGCUGGCUAUUUACCAGUCCCACCUAGCGGAGGACCUGUGGACGGUGCCGGGAGCGAUGGCGGACGAUGGGCUGAUUCAUCUGCUUUACGUGACGGCGGGGAUAUCCCGGCCCGCCCUCUUGCGUCUCUUCCUCGCCAUGGAGAGGGGUUCCCAUUUAGCGUGCGGUUGCCCACAUCUUGUGUACGAAAAGGUGAGGGCCCUGCGGUUAGAGCCCGUCUCACAACAGGGCAUGAUCACCGUGGACGGAGAGGUGGUGGAGUACGGCCCCAUCCAGGCUCAGGUCCACCCCAGAAUGGCCAGGCUUAUAUGCGGAUGAACUUGUGCUUUACUUUAUAGCUCUAGUUUGGCCUUUUGAACUCAUUGUCAGAUUCUUUAUGUGUGCCGUCUUCUCAGAAGUGCCAAAGACAAUUAAUCAGCCUUUGGAAAUUCCUUUAUUUUUCUACAGAGACAACCUGGCCUAUUUUUAUGGACUUUUCGUUCUCUCUCAGUGUUAGAUUUAGGGUCAAAGCCAUGGAGGAUUGCUCUUACUUCUGGCUGGUCCAGGCUUAGGGAAAUGAGAUGGAGAUGGAAAUGUAUGUACACACACACAAACACACAAAAAAAAAAACAAGCCAGAUCUUUAUGCAUUUUUGUGCAUACCCAAAUGUAUGUAUAUGCGGGACUCUGCAUGAGGGGCUUUGGUAGUACAGUGGCAGCACAUUGCACUCUGCUUGUCGAACCUUAUAAGCAUGGCACAUGUGAAGAGAAGCAAGUUUUUCUUUCCCCGGGAGAGACUCCUGGAGAAACCCUGCCUCUUGCCCCGCUGUACCACUACAGGCCCUCAAUCUCACUCCGGCCGCCGCCGCCCUGACAACACUGCCUGCCCUUGAGCUUUGUAAGAAAAUUGAGGAGAUAUAAAUCCCCCGAGGGAUUUAGCUUUGUCAGAUCUUUAAUCUUUGCUUAGUUUACAUAAAAAGAAACUUUAGAUUUGCUCAUGUUAGAGCCCCACCUCUUCCUUCCUGCCAAACAGAUUUUACCAGCUUACUCUACACCUUUACCACCGUCUUCUCCAUUUCCUGUACCGUUUCAUCUCCAACCAUCAUUAAGCUGUAGGAAUCGCCUCCACUCGCACACUUUCUUCUCCCCAUCCCCGCCUCUUCUUACGCUCAGAUCCUCACAUACACACACACAUUCCCUCGCAUCUCUGCAGCACUUAGCGAGGGGGAAGGGCGCGAUCUGCUACUGUGCAUAUGAUCCCCUCUCUUCAAGACUGUACGCUCGCUCCCCCACCAAUGGUUAACGAACCAUCGGCACCUAAUGUGUCCUUAAUAUGAGGGUUUACAUCGGCUAAAGCGCGCUAAAUAGAAAGUCGUGAAAGCUCUUAGGUGGGUUUUCAAGCGGAUAUUAGGUUGGUCAAAGCACACUCGAGUGGAUAAAGUGCAGUUUCAGACGGGCCCUGUUAGAGUUGCAUAUUGAGAGGCGUGUGAUCGAUGGAAGCCGGAGGGCGGCAGGUGUUCUGCUCCUCCGCGCGGCCUCCUCGGUGGCUGUCGGUGCUGCGGAGCAAUUAGUGCACUGGAGCGGACCAGAGUGCAAAUGUUAGCGUUAUCAUCAUGACCCCCUCCUGGCCUCCCCACCCCCCGCAACCUCCUUCGCACACACACUCACACUCACACACCAGUUUACCUCGGGCUACAGCACAACUGUACAUCUGCAACGUGUGCAGUUGAGGCGUAUCGGACCGUUUUAGCAGGUCUUCCUUUAACUGUUGUAUUCUCAAAAUAAAAUACUGGUCAAACCGAUGAAAAUAAAGUCCUUUCCUGUGCCGACAGGAAAGAAAAUAUGACACUUUUGACUGUUCACUGGCUAGCGGGGGAACCAUAAAGUGCUGAUUUCCACAAAAAAAAAA